AUGUCCACCAACGGCCCUCCGUUGGUCGUCCACCAACCGAUCCCACGGCGGCCCUUUGUCAAACCCGCCACACCUCCAGAGGAUAUCUACAGUAGGGAUGCCUCGCGACCCGACCGGCGACAGCCGCGGCAGUCCACAGAGGCUGCACAGUUUCUUGACCCGCGGCCGCCGACCGACGCCGACACCAACUUAACACCUGGUGGCAGCGAGUCCAUCAGCCGUGCCCAGUCGAUUAUUAACCUCACGUCGUCCACGCUUUUCGGCAUCUUCAGCCCAACAACACCCGGCCGCGGCAGUGUGGGAGGCGGCGCCAGCGGCAUCUUUGAGUCCAGCACACCUUGGGGCACCGGCGCCGAGACACCAGCGCGUGAGCUGCUCGCGGAGGCGCCCGGAAACGAUGACGAAGACGAUGCAGAAGGCAAAAACACGAACGCGUCUGCUGCCGAGAUUGACGAAGUGCGGAAGGCAUCGCAGUCGCUCAUGAUGCUGCAGCGUCAGCGGAGACGCGGGGAGAGCUUAAGUGCCGACGCCGUACCUACCAUCAGGCUGCAACCGGCGCCUCUUAGCCGCAGGAAGAGCAUCCCCGAAGAGCCUGGGCAGUCAACGGGGCCGUCACCGCUGUCCCAUAUCCUGCUUUUCCUCUCUGUUUUCGCUCGAGCGGUCUUAUUGUUCACCCUCGGAAUGGGUUACGGCGUUCUCGUGUCCCGUCUGCGCAGCGAGACCCAUGUCCCGUUUGAUGACCUUGGCGAGUCUACGUCUUCGUCGGCGGAUACCAGCCCUGCGACCGAGUAUGUCGCCAGCUACGAUUGGCGCUACCUGGUGUCGUGGGGUCUGUCGGGCAUUGCGCUUGGCACGCUUCUGCCAUGGUUCGACGGUGUCUGGGAUCGGUCGUUUGGCCGCAAUGGUAGAGUGUUGGGCAAGACCCGCACGGCUCCGGAUACCGACUGGGCGCUCGUUGUGCGCGGCAUUGGUGCCUUUGCUGGUGUUGCAUUCGCCAUGCGCAAACUGCCGUGGACGUCAACGAUGCAGGCAUCGUUGACCCUCGCUCUAGCGAACCCAUUUUUGUGGUACCUCUUGGACCGGUCCAAGUCAGGCCUUCUUCUCGCUGCUGCCUUUGGCGUUGUCGGCUCCGGUGCACUCAUGAUUUUGAAUCUUGAUUGGAUGCCCAACCCGGGCAUGCAUUCGAGUCCCUACUAUGUUGGCUACGGCGCUGGUGUGGGUGGUGCUUAUGGUGCCUCCUCCUUCCAUCAGAACGGCUCGUCAGCGUCCUCUAAUGACGGCAGCGGCCUUGAUGCUUCUGCAUCAGCUGUCACAGCCGAGACCGCUAUAUGGAUGCUCAGCGUGCUCUUCUGCAGCAGCGUGUGCUUUGGUAACAUUGGCCGUCGGUUGUUUUUGCACCCGGUCACAACUGGGCGGUGA